CGUAGUUCGCAGCUUCUAGUGUCUUGAUGGGAACCGGUAAUAUUUGAAGGCUGCCUUUAUUAAUUGUGUCGUAUUAGCGGUGAUGUUGCGUUACGUUUACAAAGGUUUUAUUACACAAAGUUUUACAUUAGCAGCGACGCAUAAACAAGGCUAAUACGUUGAUAAUGCUGGAGCUAAGCUAGUUUGGCUAGCCUCAGCCUCAUUUGUUUACAUUAGUGUCACCAGCUGAAACCUGUCAUUCUGCCUCUGCUCCGGGUCUGAUAACAAAGACGUCCUCUAGAAUGACGGCGGUGAAAUAGGAGGAGGGAUGAGUGACUUCGGGCCGGCUGAGCUGCUCGCGGGCCUCUGUCACACGGACGAGGAGAAUCCUCUCCCUCUGUGGCAGAAUGGGAACAUCAGCCCCUGUUUCAACCAGCUCCUCCUCGGAGCCCUGCCUCACGCUGGGAUGGCGGUUUUCAGCGCCUGCUACCUCGGCAUGGCGAGACUCAGCUUCCUCCAGACGUCUCCUCCAUGUGGCUGGACGCUCAGGCUGGUGUCAGCUGUGCUGGCUGUGGUGCUCUCCACUGUUGACCUCAUCCUGGUGAGUGUCCUCCAUCUUGGGGACAUGUACCUGGACAUCCUAGCUAACAGCUGUGCGGUCCUGGCCUGGCUGGUCCACCUCAGCGCCAUAGCUGUUCUCCAGAAGACCGCUUACAGGAGGACCAGAGGACCUCUCCUGCUGCUUUUCCUCGUCCUUCUCUUAAUCCCCAACCUGGUCGUCACCUUGAUGAUUUACUGUGAAAACAAGGAAUAUUUAAACCUUACAGAGCCCCUUAAAUUUGCACGAUUUAUACUUGCCUCAGCGCGGACGCUCCCUGUCCUAGUUUACCUCCUGGCUUUUGUUUUUCCCUGCAUCAGCGAUGAUGGUUACACGUUGUAUGUCAACGCUGUGGAUGGAUCGCCGCUCAUCCAAGAGGCCGUCCACCCGGACACAGGGGAGAUGGUGGCUGAGGACGGGAGUAGCUGCUUCUCUAGACUCUUCUACCUGUGGUUGAACCCUCUCCUCAGGCGAGGGCAGCGAGGGGAGCUGGACAGACCGGCCGACGUGUACCACCUACCCCGGAAACUCAGGACUACUGUGAUCUGUCGACACUUCCACCAGUGCUGGGAAGCCUGUCGACGAGGGGCGGUGGUCAGCGACUGUCAGGAUCAGUGGCCUCGGCCGGUCAGCAGGAACCUUGUGAAUGGUUCCUGGAGUUCACACUACCAGGAGGGACCUCUGGAGCUGGAGAGGGACGUAGGUCUGCUGCGGGUGUUGCACAAAGCGUUUGGGCUGCGUUACUACAUGCUAGGUGUGCUCAAGGUGACGAUCAACGUGUCCAGCUUUGCCGGUCCCCUUCUCCUCAGCGGUCUUGUGAACUUCAUGGAGGACAAGGACGCCCCGGUCAGCAGGGGUCUGUGGUUUGCCUUUGGCCUCUUUGCCACGACCCUUGUUGCUUCUGUCCUCCGAAACAUCUUCGAAAUCUCCAAGGUGGCGCUGUCGGCACGCUCUGCCCUUGUGUCGGCCAUCUACGGCAAAGCCCUGCGGGUCAGCGGCUGCAGCCUGGCUGGCUUCACGCUGGGGGAGGUGGUGAACCUGAUGAGCACCGACACCGACCGCGUCGUCAACUUCUUCAACAGCUUCCACGAGCUGUGGAGCCUGCCCUUCAGGUUUUCCAUCACCCUCUACUUGCUGUACCUGCAGGUGGGCGUCGCGUUCCUCGGAGGAUUGGUCGUGGCUCUGGUGCUCGUGCCGUUCAACAAGUUUGUUGCGUCGCGCAUCCUCGCCAACAACAAAGACAUGCUGAGGUUUAAAGAUGACCGCGUGAAGUUAAUGACAGAGAUCCUCUUUGGGAUUCGCGUCAUCAAGUUCUACAACUGGGAGCCUCAUUUCACCCAGAGGGUGGCUGACUGUCGGAAACAGGAACUGUCACACCUCAGGGCCAUCAAGUACCUGGACGCCUUGUGCGUGUACACCUGGGCGGCUCUGCCUGUGGUCAUCUCCAUCCUCACCUUUGUCACGUAUGUGCUGCUCGGACACCAGUUGACUGCAGCCAAGGUGUUCACCACUCUGGCCCUGGUGGGAAUGUUGAUCAUCCCACUCAAUGCAUUUCCCUGGGUCCUCAAUGGCAUCUUGGAGGCCAAAGUGUCUCUGGAGAGAAUCCAGCGCUUCUUCAAACUGACCAACCAGGACCUGCAGGCGUACUACGCUCUGGUGUCUCCUGAAGACAGUCAGACGUCAGUCCUGUUGAACCAGGGGACAUUUUCCUGGGAGGCGCCCAACACUAAUGAACCGAAUAGAGAGGGACGAACUGAGACUGGUGCUGGGAAAGGAAGUCUACAACUGCACAGUCUCAACCUACAUGUAGCUAAGGGCUCUCUGGUGGUUGUGGUGGGGAAGGUCGGCUGUGGGAAGAGUUCCUUACUGGCUGCUAUAACCGGAGAACUCAACAGGCUGAGUGGGGUCCUCUACGUCGCGGACAGGGCGGCCGGCUUCGGUCUGGCCUCUCAGGAUCCCUGGAUCCAGCACGCAUCAGUACGGGACAACAUCCUGUUUGGCAAAGACUACGACGCCGCCUUCUACCAGGCCGUGAUCGAGGCGUGUGCGCUCUCGGAUGAUCUCAACAUUUUACCAAAUGGCGACAAGACGGAGGUGGGGGAGAACGGCGUGACUCUGAGUGGAGGACAGAAGGCCCGGCUGGCCCUCGCCAGAGCUGUUUACAUGGACAAAGACGUCUACCUCCUGGACGACCCGCUGGCGGCGGUCGACACGGACGUGGCCGAACACCUCAUGAAGAAGUGCGUCAUGCAGCUCCUCGCGGGAAAGACCAGAAUCCUCUGCACGCACCGCAUCGAGUUUGUGGACAAGGCUGACGUGGUGGUCCUCAUGGACAACGGGACCAUCGUCAGGACAGGAACUCCUGCAGAAAUCCUUCCUCUGGUGGAGGCAGUGCCCAAACAACGGAAGAACGACCGGAACACCAAAGAGAAAGACGGCGUGGAGCAGGAUGAGGAGGAGCCGGGUCCACCCUCUGACCUGUGCGUGGGCGGCGACGCUGACCCGCUGGGGGCGGAGCAGAAGCAGGUGGGCGGCCUCGCGUGGAGAGUCUACAAAACCUACUGGUCGGCCGUGGGCGGACUGUUGGCCACCUGCAUCCUGAUGUCUCUGCUUCUCAUGCAAGCCUCUAGGAACGUGUCCGACUGGUGGCUUUCCCACUGGAUCUCGGAGCUGAAAAACACCAACGCCUCCACCGGGACUAACGGGUCUUCAGCUGCUCUCACGUCUCCUCACCUGCUGCUCUUCUCACCUGGAGGCCUCGUGUCUCCUCCACCCUCGGAGCAAACCCUCCCCUCCAGCGACGUGAACUCCAGCGUCAGGUUCUAUCUGAGCGUCUACGGCUCCAUCGCCGCGGCCAACACCGUCUUCACCGCCCUGCGAGCCUUCCUCUUCGCCUACGGAGUCGUCUGCGCCGCCUCCGCCAUCCACAACAGGCUUCUGGACCGGGUCCUGAAGGCCACCGUGACCUUCUUCGACACCACCCCUCUGGGCCGCAUCCUCAACCGCUUCUCCUCGGACCUGUACAGCGUGGACGACAGCCUGCCCUUCGUCCUGAACAUCCUGCUGGCCAACGUGUUCGGGCUGCUGGGCAUGCUGGUGGUGAUGAGCUACGGGCUGCCCUGGGUGCUGGUGCCCCUGGUGCCCCUGGCACUGCUCUACCACCGCACGCAGCACUUCUACAGGCACACGUCCCGGGAGCUGAAGCGCCUCUGCAGCCUCACCCUGUCCCCCGUCUACUCCCACUUCUCCGAGACGCUCACCGGCCUGGGGACCAUCCGGGCCAGCGGCUCCUCCGCCAGGUUUGAGGAGGAGAGCGCCAGGCGUCUGGAGCAGAACCAGCGCUGCGUGUUCCUCAGCAACGCCGCCAUGCAGUGGCUGGACAUCCGCCUGCAGCUCAUCGGCGUUGCCGUGGUGACGGGCCUCGGGCUGAUAGCCGUCAUCCAGCACCGCUUUAAUUCCGUCGAUCCAGGUCUGGUGGGUUUGUCCCUGUCCUACGCUCUGUCCAUCACCUCGCUGCUCUCCGGCCUCAUAUUCAGCUUCACGCAGACCGAGAUGCAGCUGGUGAGCGUGGAGCGAACCGAGGAGUACUCCACCAGUUUGCCCGUCGAGCCGCAGCAUCACAACGCACAGCUGCCCUCCGCUUGGCCCGAGCACGGCUGGCUGGAGUUUCGUGACGUGGCCCUGACCUACAGGGACGGCCUCCCCAACGCCCUGGACGGCGUGAGCCUGGUGGUCCGGCCCGGGGAGAAAAUAGGCAUCGUGGGACGCACGGGCUCCGGCAAGUCCACCGUGUUCCUGGCCCUGUUCCGCAUGGUGGAGCUCAGCCGGGGCCAGAUUCUCCUGGAUCAGCUGGACAUCAGCGGCGUGGGCCUGACUCAGCUCAGGUCCCGGCUCGCCAUCAUUCCUCAGGACCCUUUUCUGUUCAGCGGCACCGUCAGGGAGAAUCUGGACCCCUGCGGGCGACACCCGGACGAGCAGCUGCUGGACGUCCUGGACCAGUGUCACCUGAGCGGGGUGGUCGGCAGGAUGGGUGGUUUGGAUGCCGAGGUGGGAGAAAGGGGAAAAUCCUUCUCGGCGGGACAGAGGCAGCUUCUGUGUCUGGCCAGAGCUCUGUUGACUCAGGCCAAGGUGCUGUGUAUUGACGAGGCCACGGCCAGCGUGGACCAGAAGACAGACAAACUGCUGCAGCAGACCAUCAGAGAGAAGUUUCAGAACAAGACUGUACUCACUAUUGCCCACAGGAUCAACACCAUCAUGGACUGUGACCGGGUUCUGGUGAUGCAUGCUGGGAAGGUGGUGGAGUUUGACUCUCCUGCUGUUCUCUGCCAGACCGACGACUCCAUCUUCCACAGGCUGGUCGGUGGUCAGGGACAGUGAGGUGGACGAAAGACGCCGGGAUCUGACGUUUUCCACUUUAUCUCCGCGUUAUUUUUGUCUUUUAGUGCCUCACAUUCUUUACAGACUGAUCACAUGGUUGAAGCAGAGAAGCUGUGAGUUCCAGUUGAAGGAAGCAGCUGCUUGGACUCAGAGAUGAUGCGUCUGUGGCUGAUCUGAGUUAAAACGACACUUUAAUUAGUUUUUUCCUGUUCAAUCGGAUUUUGGGGCAUAUUUGUAGCUUCAUAGUGUUUAUCCAGGUUUUUUUUUUUUUGGAAAGGAUCGACUUAAUCUCAGCCACGUCAUCAUAGAGUCAAAAUGUCUUAUUCCUUCGUUGCAUCACCUCAUAGUGAAGCUUUUGCUUUGCUUCUUAAUGCUUCAUGCAGCUUCUGCAAACAACCCUAUGAUCUUUUUAAUCUCAUUGUAUUUAUUUGUGGUAUUUUUUUUUUUUAAAAACAGUGCGGGUUUGUGGGUUUAAGAGCUUCACUGUGAUUUUCCCUGCAUGCACUGGGGGGGGGGGGGUGACCCAGUUGCGGCUCUUAUUCACCACAUCUCAUUUCCGUCCAUGUGCUCAGUUCCUCGUCUCUGGUUCCAAAGCACAAAGAACUAUGAAUUAAACUAAUGUACACGAAGAACAUGAUGUGAAAUCCAUGAAAUAUCCUGAGAGCUGAAUUAAAUGGAGUUAUUCUUUUUGCA